AUAAAAGAUUACAAAAAUAAGUUGCGUAUUCAUUAAAAGUUAUAGUUUUGAGAAUUCUGGAUGCAGUUUUUAUUCCAUGGUGGCUUGGAGUAGGACUGCACAGUUAAAAUAAAACAGAAUUUGUGAUAUGGAUUUGUGUUGCAAAUUAAAUAAAUAUAAGCUGCGUGCCUCAGAGUGAAGCUUUUAAAUACAAGCAUCUCAUAAUGGCUUGAUUGUGUGCCAUUGCACACAAACUCAUCUCUGCAUCUGCUCUGAGUUUGGGUUGCUUUUAAUGUGCAACCAUUGCUCCAUGCACCAACCACCUUCACUAACUUGUAAUGAGAAGAGCUUAUACACUGACUAUUAAAAAAAAAAAAAUGGAGAAAAGUUAUGGUCUGUCUGGUUUUCCGUCAAAAUAAAGGCUUGAUGGUUCAACGUUUGUAAAGGAAGAAAUAUUGGUAAGUUGUAGUGUAAAACAUUUCUUCUUAAAAAUUCACUUUUUUCUUUCGCAGGGAAAUAUUACAGUAGUUCUGCUAAAAUGUAAUCACAUAAUGUUUGACUACUGUGCAGAAAAAUCGCAAUUCAAUUAUUUUUCUCAGUUGUGUGUGGAGGUGAAAGCCCGGAAUGGAACUGGCUUGCAUGCAAACACUGAUCCCGGUGUUUCCGAGUGCCCCUGGAAAGUUUUUUAAAGCGUAAUAAUUGCAUCGUCUGGUCAAAUGUUUCGUAAACGUAUAAUACUCUGUAUUAAUGUCUUGUUCCAUAAAGCAAUUUCAAACAGUUAAUCAUGCUGUUGUUUUGCAUAUCAGAAAGACUACCAGCGUGUCUGCCUGAAUUCAAGUGCAAAUUAAUUUAUUAUUACCAAGAGAAUAAUCACAAGGUAAUCACAAGUUUUCCCACUGUACUUAGAGAAGUAGUUGUGUAAUCGUGCAAAGCAUUCAUGCAAGUGACUGCCUCUUUUAUGUUAUGCAAUUCUGCCCAGCUGUCACUUCUGUUAUUUCUGCAAUGGUAAAAUAUCGCCUAUUCAUAGUGGCAUUUCCACUGUGAUCUAUAAAAAGCCCAUGCAGUAGAAUUUCUUCACGUCUGCCAGUAGGACUACCUGAAUCUGCACGACACAGGAAAGUACGCGGAAGCUCAACACGUUUGUCCCUCCCAGUCAUUCAGGGCUAUUAAACUUGCCAGCUUGCAAGUCCCGUACAAUCGCCGGGUUUGAACGAAAAGUCGAUCGCUGAUAUGGACGGACACGCACCUGGACAAACCGUGGCUAUAAACGCAGUGGCUGUAGUGUGUCGACGUGGUUGGAACGCCGUGGAACCUCGAGAAAGGACAGAGAUGAAGAAUCCAGCGCAGACUGUGAUCGUUCACCACACUGCGCUCCGGUACUGCGCGCACCCGCGGGACAGCAUCUCUCAACUAGCUCACAUUCAACACAUGCACAUGCAAGAGAGGGGCUUCGACGACAUCGGCUACAACUUUCUGAUCUCUGGAGAUGGGAUGGUGUAUGAAGGGCGAGGAUGGGGGAUUGUAGGAGCCCAUGCAAAGGAACACAACUUCAGUUCUGUUGGCGUUGCAUUCAUGGGCAACUUCAGCGAUGAGUUGCCCAGUUCUGCAUCACUGUCUGCUUUGCUGAGACUGCUGCGCAUUGGAGUGCUUCACGGUCAUCUGCGGCCCAAUUUUGUGCUUGUGGGACACAGAGACGUGGCCAAAACAGAGUGUCCGGGGGAACAUUUAUACGCUCUACUACCAAAACUACGAGACCAAUUACAAAACCAAUGACCUCUUUUCUAUUAAUUGCAUUUAAUCCCUCUUGUGUGUGUGUAGCAAUGUAUGAAUGUGAAAAUGAUAUUUCCUCUAAAAUAUGUUAUGUUUUUUGUCUUAUAUGUUACGACUUUUGCCUUGUUAAAAUCCAUUGUCAGAAUAUUCUAAAGGAAUACUAAUGAAUUGAUUUUUAUCAAAAUUUGGAACCAGUCCCAAAAGUCCAGUCAAACAAGAUCCUAGUAAAACAUAGAAAACAAUUACGAAAAAUAAAAACUGUAAAUUAUGUUUAUUAGGUAAAAAGAUUCAUCUUGUUUGAUCCCUUUAGGACUGGAUACAAAUUAUAAUAGAAAUCCCAUUAGCAGUCCAGAUCAUUUAUUUAAAGACUAGACUUUUGUGAAAUGUCCAAAAUCACAAUUAAGUUAUGUUUAUAAUUUCUCUGUAGUAAAAAAACUCAAAUGGACUGAACAGUUACGUGCAAUAAAUGAGUACUCAGGUGUCAAAUAUCCUAGAAAAUGAAAGCGUUUGCAAAUAUGCUUUUCUAUUUUAUUUUUGUCCCAGUGACAUGUCUAUUUGAUGUUGUGCAUCAAUGCCUUUUCAUCAGCCAAUCAGUGAUCAUCCUUGUGUCUGUGUUUUU